CGAAACGAGCCUCUAAACCCUAGACAGCCGUUAUCUUCUUCCCUCACACCUCUCUCUCUCUCUCUCUCUCUGUUUCUCUCUCUUCAAUGGCAGAACUUCAAAACUCCUCUCUUCAUCCUCCACCUUCAUCAUUGUCUAGGGUUAGCACAGAGACGGUGCAAAAGGCAGUGAAAGCUCUUCUCAAAUGGCGAACCUCCCAAUCAAAAACCCAAAAACCACAACUCUUCGAUCAAGACGACGAUUUCAUCUACCUAAUCCUCUCUCUCAAGAAAAUCCCUCCAAAAUCUCGCACAAACGCUUACAAAAUCCCCCUCCCCCACUCUCUCCGCUCCAAUUCCGUCUCCUCCGAGUUCUGUCUCAUCAUCGACGAUCGACCCAAAAACUCCUCCAAACUCACUUCUGAAUCGGCCAAGAAAAAAAUCAAUUCGGAGGACAUACCAAUCACCAAAGUCCUGAAGUUAUCGAAACUAAAAUCUGAUUACAAACCCUUCGAGGCGAAGCGCAAGUUAUGUGAUUCGUUCGAAAUGUUUUUUGCUGAUAGAAGAAUUAUUCCGCUGCUUCCCAAGCUUUUAGGGAAGCAAUUUUUCAAGAGGAAGAAGAUUCCUGUGCCUGUGGAUUUGAGUCAUAUGAAUUGGAAGGAACAAAUUGAGAAGGCGUGCUCGUCGGCGCUUUUGUAUUUGAGGACUGGGACUUGUAGUGUUGUGAGAAUCGGGAAGGCUUCGAUGGAGAGUGGAGAGAUUGUGGAGAAUGUGAUUGCUGCCAUUGAUGGGGUUGUCGAGGUUUCUCCGAAGAAGUGGGCUGGUGUGAGGUCUUUUCAUUUGAAGUUUUCGGACUCUGUCGCGUUGCCGAUUUAUCAGACGUUGCCUGAUAUGAAGCUGAAGAUUGAAGGGAAAAAGGAAUUUGAUGAAGGGGUUAGAAAGGAAUUUGAUGAAGGGGUUAGAAAGGAAUUUGAUGAAGGGGUUAAAGAAGAGAGUAAGGAAGAUGAGAAAUUGGGUAAGAAAAAGGGUGGGUUGAAGAAGAAAGGGAGGAUUCAUGAAGUUAGGUAUAUGGAUAGUGAAUUGGAAGGUGCAUUGGGGAAUGAGGAUGAUGAGGAAUAUAUUGGGAGUGAGAAGAGUGAGAAUGAUGGUGAGGGUGGUGAUGAAUUGGGGGGUAAGAAGAGAAAGAAGGGUGAUGCAUUGAAUGGUGGAAUGGUUUCAACAAAAUUGAAUGGGGAGAAAAGAUCGAAGAAAUCGGCUACUAAAGUAGAGAGGGCUGAAGAAUCUGUUCAAAAGAAAGUUAAGAAGGGUGGUGUUGGAAAGUUGAAGGAUGGGGCACGCAAGGUUAAGGAUAAAAAAAGUAAGAAACAACUGUCAGCCCAGUGAUUCAUUUGGAAUGUGUUCUGUCUUUGGCAUUGCUGAGGAACUUAGCUGGAAGCAUGUUGCAUUUGGAGUCCUUGAGCAACUUUUUGCUCAAGUACAUGAAUUUUGGUAUUUUGUUUUAUUUGUUGUUCUGGCUUUAUAGUUUGUAAGUUAGUUUAUUCAAGGAUUUUAACAUCGGCUAAUCAACUUGCUUUGGUGUAAUGAUUCUGAAUGAAUUACUAUAACUGAGUUUAUCUUUAGUUUGUUCUUUGGAAGCUUCUUCAGUUUUAGUGUGACACUUGUGGGAAAAGCUCAUUCAUUGUUUCGUUGACUUAUCAAUUUGCUUGAGUAUACAUGAGUAGGUGCUAUACAUGAAGACGUUGUUGUAAUGCUUUAUUAUUUAUCAGGUUCAACUGUUAUUAAUAGAAUUGGUCUAUGAUAUCUAAUGAGAAAAACAGAAGGAAGAAACUGUUCUAGGA